AUGCGUGACUUUGUCAUCUUCCUCACCGUCUCUAUGGUGCUCUUAUUGGCCGGCGCCGGUCUUGUAGCUGGCGUCCACGACAACUACGUUGCCAGUCAUGCUGAUACGACUUCUACUACUCAAUCAAUUGCCACACCCCAUACCGACCCCAUAAUUCUCACUGGAACCGUCUCCAGGGCCACUGAUUUGAGAUCCUCGAUACCCCAGGGCACCCUCAUCGUCUCCACCAUCAAGGCCAACUUCAGAGCAGACACCAUCUCCGCGAUUUCGGCGACCCCAACUACCACCAUUGUUUGCAACCACAAAUGGUGUCAGGAUAGCACCUCUCUUUGUGCCUAUUGGGCUGGUAUCACUGGCUGGGAUCCUACUGAAGGCCCGAUUCCUGGUGAGACUGUCACCUCCAUCGGCAAGUGCAGCAUCGUUCCUACCCAGGCUGAAAACCAAAAGCGCGAUGCUAUCAACGAAAUUCUCAUCACCUCGGCGCCUACUCCCUCGGUCGACUGCAAGUACAAGUACUGCGACAGCAACACGCAGUAUUGCAUGUACUGGGCUGGAGUCACUGGCUACGACCCUUCUCUCGGUCCCAUUCCCGGCAUGACACGUACCUCUCUCGGUGCUUGCCAGACGCCUCCUACAGCUGUUGCCAACGAUACUGACUUCCCGACAACUAUGGUGACGAAGACGUGCAAGAGUUAUAACUGA